AUGUCUUCCGCCUACAAAAGAAAAGAAGAAUCCGUCACGUCGGAGGACGCACUAGCUACGAAAAAGAUCUGUAAAUACUUUCCGGGGUCACCUACCGAAAAUCAUAUCCAUGGCAUAUUUGAACCACCUGUACCAACUGUUGCUUCGAGCCCACAAAACAAAGAGAUACGAAAAUCUACGAAAAAAGAUUCCGUUAAUUAUAUCCGAACACAAUGGGUUUCUGAGGAUUUCGACGCUGAGGAUCUUAAAUCAACCAAUAUAUCCCAGCCUUCCACAAUAGUCAGUCCGAAGUCUACAUUCGUCGAAAAAUUCUUAGAAAAAAGACGUGAAAGGCGAAUUGCAAAUGAAGUUCCCAUUGAUGACAUCUCUUCGAUACCAGAAAAAUAUAUGAAGUUAUUGGAGGUGGAGAUAUUUCGUGAACCUAAUGUCUCAGAAUCAAUACCUCAAGAUCUAUGGCAUGUUUCAAUAAGGUUCCUUAUUUUAGAAAAAAAUUCCGAUAUCAUUCUCGACGUCUGUGGUCUAAAAUAA